AUGGAAGGUGUUUCUGAGGGAUUAUGCGGUCAAUUUUCACUGGCUGAGAUGAAGAUUGCUACCAAUAACUUCAAUGAUAAAUUACUACUUGGUGAGGGGGAUUUUGGCAGUGUAUAUAAGGGGUCUAUUGAUGACCGUACCAGAAUCGUUGCAAUAAAGUGGUUGAAAUUCAAGCCGGGACAGGGCGAGAAUAUCCUAGUCUUCGAGUUCAUAGUCAAAGGAAACCUCUUUAGAAGACUCCACUAUACAGACCACGAUGACCAUGAUCGCCUGUCGUGGAAACAAAGACUCCAGAUUCGCAUUGGAGUGGCGCUUGCACUGCACUACCUUCACAUUGCUGUCAAGCAAACUAUUAUCCACGGUGAUGUGAAGCCGGCCGACAUUCUGUUGGAUGAGAAUUGGGAGUUCAAGUUGUCAGAUUUCAAGUCGUUCAAGAUGCUUCAGAGUGUUUCAGCAUAUACGUGGACAUUGCAACUUCUUGUGUGCAAAAUGAGUGAAAGGAUUGUCGCGAUGAAUGAAAUGGAUGUAGGCCUUGAAUAUGCACUGGAACUGCAGGAGAGCGUAGAUGCUGCCCGCAGAAUGGUGAAUAUAACUAUCCCAUAUACCUUAUACCUCUAG